AUGGCUGACCCAACACCCUCCUCCUCCACCCAACCCCCCGCCGAACCCAUCCUCUCCACCGAUCCAGCCAAAGACAAAGCACUGAAAGCAUACAAAAAAGCUCUGAAACAGCACGAGCAACUUUCGGAAAACCUCAAGAAACUCCGUUUCGGCCUCAAAGACCUCGAAAAGGCUUACGACAAAAGCGAAGAUGACAUCAAGGCGCUUCAAUCUGUCGGUCAGAUCAUCGGAGAAGUGCUUAAACAGCUGGAUGAAGAACGAUACAUUGUCAAAGCUUCUUCGGGACCUCGCUAUGUUGUGGGCAUUCGAGCAAGUGUGCCCAAGCACAAGUUGAAGCAAGGUGUACGUGUCUCGUUGGAUAUGACAACCUUGACGAUUAUGAGGAUUCUGCCGAGAGAGGUGGAUCCGUUGGUGUAUAAUAUGAGUAUGGAGGAUCCCGGAGCGGCCAGCUUUGCAGGCAUUGGUGGAUUGGGAGAUCAGAUUAGAGAGUUGAGAGAGGUGAUUGAAUUGCCCUUGUUGAACCCAGAGUUGUUUAUCAGGGUCGGCAUCAAGCCGCCCAAGGGUGUGCUGUUGUAUGGACCGCCUGGUACGGGUAAGACGCUACUUGCUCGUGCCGUCGCAUCUACCCUCGAGACCAAUUUUUUGAAAGUCGUUUCCUCAGCUAUCGUUGACAAAUACAUCGGAGAAUCGGCUCGUCUGAUCAGAGAAAUGUUCGGUUACGCAAAAGAACACGAACCAUGCAUCAUCUUCAUGGACGAAAUCGACGCUAUCGGUGGCCGACGUUUCUCCGAAGGUACCUCGGCCGAUCGUGAAAUCCAACGAACGCUCAUGGAACUCCUCAACCAAAUGGACGGCUUCGAUUACCUAGGCAAGACUAAAAUCAUCAUGGCUACCAACCGACCCGACACACUCGACCCAGCUCUCAUGCGUCCUGGUCGUAUCGAUAGGAAGAUCGAAAUUCCGCUGCCCAACGAACAGUCCAGAUUGGAGAUUCUAAAGAUUCACACCAAACCAGUGGCUAAGAAGGAGGAAUUGGACUACGAAGCGAUUGUCAAGCUAAGUGAUGGAUUCAACGGCGCCGAUUUGAGGAAUGUAGCAACCGAAGCCGGCAUGUUUGCCAUCAGAGAUGAUAGGGAUUACUGUGUUCAGGAGGACUUUAUGAAGGCAGUCAGGAAGUUGCACGAGGCUAAGAAGCAUGAGAGUAAGAUCGAUUACAGUGCCAUCUGA